AUGGCAAACGAGUCUUGGGGCUUUAUGCCCUACGUGAGCUUGGACACGUUCGUCAUCCCGCACGGAGGCAAAUACCCCAUCUUCAUCCUCGGGCUUCUCAUCUACUUUGUCUGUCUCUUCAGCAACGUUACACUGCUGGCUGUGAUCGUGCUGCACCGCAACCUGCACAAGCCUGUCUACUUCAUUCUGUUCAGCCUGCCGCUCAACGAUUUAAUAGGCAUCACGGCCAUGCUGCCCGGAGUCCUGGCCGGAAUCAUUACGGAGAACAACCGUAUCCCGUACCCGCUAUGCGUUCUCCAAGCCUUCUUGCUGCACCUGUACGGCGGCGGCAUCCUGUUCAUUUUGGCUGCCAUGUCCUUCGACCGAUACGUGGCCAUCUGCAUGCCGUUACGCUACAGCCUCGUCAUGACCCCCAGGGUGGUGGUCUGUGUCAUCACCCUGGUGUGGGCGCUGGACUUUACCCUGAUCACUUUCCUGUUCUCAUUGCAGACCAGACUGCCGCGUUGCCGCUCGGACAUCAUGAAUGUGUUCUGUGACAACCCGUCUCUGCUAAAGCUCAUGUGCGGCAACAAGUCCGUCAAUAACAUCGUCGGGCUGCUCAACACGGCGGUUAUGCAGGCGUUGAGUGUGUCUGUCCAGACAUUCUCCUACGUCAAGAUCCUGAUCACCUGCCUGGUGACAAGACAGACCGACACCAAAAAGAAAGCAGUCAACACUUGUGUGGCUCAGUUAGUCAUCCUGAUCGUCUUUGAGAUCGUAGGCACAUUUACCAUCUUGUCGCACAGGUUCCAAAACGUGUCGGGCGACUUGCAGAAGGUCAUGGGCGUACUGAUAUUUCUUAUAUCGCCACUACUUAACCCCCUGGUCUAUGGGCUGUACACCAGCGAAAUACGAAACACUGUGCUCAGGGUCUUGAAAAAUAGAGUCUUUGUCUAA